CGUCAAAGCAUAAGCUUCGUGCAUAAUAUAAGAAGUUGGUUUGUAAGACGUCAGACGGCGCGUGGAUCGUGAGUUCACGUCAUCAUCGCUCGAGAACGGUAUAGCGAUUCUAUCAGGUGCGCCCAGAUGAUUUGAAAAGGAUGCGUUUGUAAAAGUAGGUAAAAUAACGUCCUAUAGUCUUAAAUACAAAAAUAAUAAGCCCUUUUCUCUGAUGCCCUGCUCUACUCUGGAAUAAACUGCACAGGUCAUGGAGAGGAUCCCGUUGAGUAUGGGCAGCCUGCGGACGCUGCCGUGGUACGUAGGGGCUUCACAGGUGCUCGGGGUGGCAUGUGUGGUGAUCACAGGUGUGUGGAUGGGACAUUAUCAUGGAGGUUACGCUUGGGAUGGCUCAGCACAAGAGUUUAAUGUCCAUCCUCUCUGCAUGGUCCUCGGCUUGGUCUUCCUCUAUGGAGAUGCUGUUCUGGUUUAUCGUGUCUUUAGAAAUGAGAGUAAACGCUCUGUGAAGAUUCUUCACGCUCUACUGCACAUGAUGGCCCUCAUCAUCAGUAUUGUGGGUCUAGUGGCUGUAUUUGACUUCCAUGCGACGGCUAAGAUUUCUAACAUGUACUCGCUGCACAGCUGGUGUGGCAUGCUGACCUUUGUUCUGUUUAUACUACAGUGGUUGCUGGGAUUGGGCUUGUUCUUGUUCCCCUGGGCAUCUGCUCAGUUGAGGGGCUGGUAUCUCCCCCUGCACGUCUUUUUCGGUCUCUUGCUGCUGGCCAUGUCUAUAGGAACCUGUCUGUUGGGCAUCACAGAGAAACUGCUCUUCAAUAUCAUGUCGACCUACUCCGAGUUUGCGGCAGAGGGGGUUUUAGCAAACACCUUAGGCUUGUUGCUGGUGUGCUUUGGGGUCGUGGUGGGUUACGUGGCAACGAGAGAAGAUUUCAGACGACCACCAAAUCCAGAGGAAGAAGCUCUGUCUGUGCACUUUAAGACGCUGUCAGAAGGAGAAAUCCCCAGCUCGCCUUAAUUUUAUGACAUAACCGCUGCCUUUGUGCUCUAAAAUGGCCUUCCUACCGUUGUCCUUAUAAACCAGCAAGCCAGUUUUUCCAUUUAAAUUCUACCUUCCCAUUUGUAUGAACUGUUGUAUUUAUCAGUUUUAUGGAGCGAAGAAGGAAGAAAGUUGUAAAAUUGCUGAAUUGUUUGUAUUGGACACCCUCUUGUGCUAUGUGACGUUUAUGGCAGGAUUAAGCCACAACCUACAGUACUUGUAAAAAAAUUCUGCCGUGACACCGUGUCUACACCGGAUGCGGCGUGACAAAAGACAAUAGAAUGCAUUAGAAUCCAUUAUAAUUUUACAUUUUGUCCACACUUUAUGCACCACGUCCGGUGUAGACACGGUGUAAAUAUAUAUUUAAAAUUAGACUAAUAUAAAUAUAUAGAACUCUUGCUGAACAAGUUCAAACCGUGCAAAGCCAGACCAAACUGACAUUAAAGAAAUGGUUGUGCUUUAUAUUUUGAUACAUUGUUUCUUUAAAUGUAUUAGAUUAUUUAGAAUAUCAGAAUAUGUUUUCUUGUGCCUUAGUUAGUUUUACUUACAAGCUUGUACUGAAUAAAUCCCCCCCAAAAAUUGCAGCAGUUUCUGCUGCGAAGAAAUAAAAUAUAUAAUGCUUACAGAAUACUAUAACAGACAUAGUCAGAUAGUUUAGAAUGGAAGGAAAUGCAAUUAUUUUUACUUCCCAUUUUAUAAUUAUAUGCAGAGAAUAUCCACGAUUCAAAUAUAUUUUAGCUCUGCAAAGUUAACAUACAUUCCUAAAACUGCUUCUUAAAAGAAAUAUCAGAUCUGAAAUUGCAGCAAUUUGCAGCAAUAUCAUACAAGUCAAGGUCCUACAUGUGAUCACAAAAUAAAGUAUUGGCGGUCUUAACUUGAAAAGCAAGCAGUUCAGUACUAAAGAUCUUAGGAGUAGCGAUGUGCUUGUCAAAUGAUUUCCUGUGUGCUAGUUUUUUUCUUAAAGUGAUAUUGACUGUUAUAUGAGAUUCUAUGGAGACUGUCACAGUAAUCUUGUCUUUGAAUGAGUUUGCAUUUGUUUUGCAUGUUCGUUUGUAUUGUAUUUUUGUGUUUGUACUGUGUAUUUGACUAUUGCAUGUAU